UAAAAACACAAGAUCAAUCCAAACUUGCUCCACCACACCUCAAACCUCAAAACAUUUCUAGGGUUCGAAAUGGUACUCUCUUCUUCCCCAUCCUCACUGAUCCAAUUUCUCCUGAUUUCAACAAUGUCCUUCUCCCUUCAACACUCUCUUGCAGUGAGCCCCGCCAUGGAUCCUCAAGAAUUGGAAACCUUGUUCAGGGUAAUGGAAGCCCUUUCCUCGGACCAGAACUGGAGAACCUCGUACCCAAACCCUUGUCUGCCUGGCUCAUCCUGGCCUGGAAUUCAGUGCAAGAACAGUCCUACUGGAAUUAUCGGGGGCAGCAGCCAUUUCCAUGUCUACAGGCUCGAUUUAGGCACCCCACCCAACCCAUCGUGCAAGAACUCAGCCACUUUCCCUCCUGAGAUUUUCCAGCUCCCAAACCUCGAAUCGAUUUUCAUUUCCCAGUGCUUCAAUCAUUCCCCGACAAGAAUUUCAGUGCCCUUGGAAAACCCCCAAUUUAAUUCCCCUCUCCAGCAGCUUAGUCUUAGGGCGAAUCCUGCCCUAAUUGGAGAAAUCCCUCCUCGGAUUUCCGCCAUGAAAGCCCUUCAAAUUGUUACCUUGUCGCAAAACAGCUUGACAGGUUCAGUCCCUGUCGGGGUUUUCAGCCUCACCUCGCUUGUGCAUCUUGAUUUGAGCUAUAAUCUCCUGACGGGUUCGAUCCCAUUCGAGGUUGGAAACCUCGUCAGCCUUGUCGGCCUGGAUUUAAGCUACAACAACCUCGUUGGUCCCAUCCCUUCUUCCAUCGGACGGCUGGAAUUGCUCCAGAAGAUCGAUCUCAGCUCCAAUUACCUCACCGGAAGAAUUCCGGCGACCUUUCAGCACCUGAAUUCUUUGGCCUUCUUGGCUUUGAGCAACAACAAAUUCAGCGGCGAAUUCCCCGGCGGGCUGUCGGGAUUGAAGAACUUGCAGUACUUCAUCAUGGACGACAAUCCGAUGUUUGUGUCUUUACCUGAGGUUUUAGGGCAGCUGAAGAGGCUGCAAGAAAUCAGGCUUUCGAAUUCCGGCUACUCUGGAACGAUUCCUCCGGCGUAUUCAGAACUGAAGAAUUUAAGCACACUGUCGCUGCAGAAUAAUCGACUUUCCGGCGGGAUUCCGGCCGGAUUUGCCAGCCUGUCGCUGAUUUUUCACCUGAAUUUGAGCAGGAACUCCCUGGAUGGUGCUGUCCCUUUCAAUUCGAGUUUUUUUAAAAGGCUGGGCAGGAAUUUGGACCUGAGUGGUAAUGAAGGGCUGUGCCUGAGCCCGGCGGCGGCGGCGGACGGCGUCGAUGUUGGGGUCGGCGUUUGUGGGAAUGUUAUGUCCGGUUUGGAGACAUCUGAAGUUACGUUAAAGUCCUCGACUUGGGUCGACAUUGCUGCUGCUAUGGUUUAUUUGAUUUUUUUAUCACACACUUCUGUAGUGUUACUAUUGUAA